CAUUCAAUCAGUCGGUCGUUCACUCGAUAAUAAUCAUCAUGUCCACGCGAGCCCCAAAACCGGUAGCCCCACGCCGCAUAUCAACACUGCACACACACACACACACACACAGAGCGAAAGCACAAUCGAGCUGUUGGUUGCCCGUGCCUGAUGCCUGAGUGUGUGUUAACGCGUGGCUCACGCACUCACCGGUGUAAGCGGCGAGUGCUGGUCCAUAGUGCGUCAUGAAGUACUUGGGCGACAGAAAAGCAUCGGGGGGCUGGACAGGUGCGACACCAGCAGCGGAGCCACCAGCACCAGCACCAUCAGCACCAUCACUACCACUACCAGCGUCUGCAAGGGCUGUGAUGCUCACGGGCCUCCUCCGCCCUGGGUCAAGGCACACACAAGGGCAGAUGGUGCCAGCAGUGGGUGUGUGUAGAGAGUGUGUGUGUGUGUGUGUGCAGGUACCCGUGACAGCGAUGGCGGCGGCCAGCAUGUUUUCCGCGGCGAGGGCCUGGCCCACACACCCGCCAAGCACCGUCAUGCUCAGCAUUGACGACACCGACAGACCCUACACACACACACACACACAGAGAGAGAGAGAGAGAGAGGGGUGCAUGCAGAGCAAUCAUCGGCCACCGUGCAGUACCAUCUCUGUGGCCGUAGCUGCGGCGAGUCUUGCCAGCAACAGGUUGCUGAUGACGACGCUCCCGCUGCCCACCCCCACCAGCACCCCAAAGGCAAACAGCACCAGACCCACCACCUCCUCGGCACCGGCCAGCGGGACAGCCAGGCUGCCGCCCAGCAACCGACCAAUGACGUCUGCAGGGGUCUCCUCUGGCCGCAUCGUCAGUGUGGGCGUGUUGAACAGCUGCGCAAACAGGACGCCGAACAGCAGCGACAGGGCGGGGCCGCGGAAGAGCCGCGCGGAGUGGAGAAAUGGCGACACGGGCGACUUGCUGGUGGGAGAAGAGACGGACGACACACAGGGAAUGAAAUGAGUGGCACACUUGUGUGUGGGUGGGUGGGUGGGUGGCUUUGGGGGCUGGGCUUGGGGGUUACUUACCGUGAGUAUGCGAGGAUGAUGGCAGCGAGUAGGAUGAAGGGGAGUAUGAAGGGGAGUGCCAGGGUGGGGUAAACCCACUUGGCGUCGGGCACCCGGAAGACCUGCUCCAGCUCCAUCACGAUCGCCGCGCUGAUCCGGAAGACUCCGAAGUUCCGAAACGACACCUGACACACACACACACAUACACACACACACAAUCUCCCUCUCUCUCUCUGGGUGUGUGUGUGUGUUUGUCCAUUUCUUGAGUACCUACCUGUCCGUGUGGGUCAGUGGCUUUGAGGUAGGUGUCUAGCCCGACUUGCGGGAGGCGCAUGAGCAGCAGCAUCACCCAUGAGAGGAUAAGGGCGAACCACCCCCACCCCAUCCGCUCACGCUGCAAACUCUGCAGACGAGACGCUGAUGACGCCUCACGGUUGACACCCUUUAACACACACACACACACACACAGGGAGGGAGAGAGAGAGAGGUACGUGUGUGUCUCUGGGACUCCUUUGUGGGGCGUGUGUGUGGCCGUUCGCUCAGCUCACCUCUGGUCCCUUGGUGUUGUCCCGUUUGUGGGGUGCAUUGUGCGAGUGUGCGAGCCCCAGGAGCGCCCUUCCCUCGCUCUGCGUGAUGACCACCGGCAGCCGCCUCCCAUAGACCUUGGCCAGCAUGUCCUUGACCUCCAUCUCCUCCAACACCCGUCGCACACCCUCGCCGCCCACAUCCACCUGAAGCCGCGCGUUGCGCACCUCCGCCCCACCCAUGGCCUCGCCCUUCGCCCCAGCCUUGCGCACAACAGCCCGCCGACGGUCGGCGAGCGGCGUGGGUGUGACGGUCAGGCUGCUCGCCGGGGUGGGCUGUGCCGUGCUGGCUGACAUGUUGCCGUGUCGGAGUGAGGGUGCCUCGGGCGAGGAGAACUGGCUCCAGUGUGUGUGGGUCUGGGGGCUGUCGACGCCAGAGCGGAUGAUGUAGUCAUCGGGGAGGCCGCGGGCGGCGACUGCUGGGAGCAUCCGGGGGACCUCUGGCUCGAGCACCUUGACGUCGCGCAGAGAGGGGGAGGGGAGGGGGGACAUGCCCACACCGCGGGAGCGACGACCCGCUAAACACACACACACACACACACAGAGAGAGAGAGCGGGAUGGAUGGAUGGAUGGAGAGGAGAGGGAUGGGGGAGAGCUGACCUUUUCUGGCGGCGGGUGACUUCUGCUUCUUCUUUCCGUAGCCGUAGACGCCGUGCUCCGGGUCGCAGCCACAGGCGCUGAUGGCCGACAUGGCCCUGGAGAUGGGCCAGCAGUCGGGCUCGCUGCUGGUGUCGCUGAUGGCGUUGGAACUCAUCUCGGGGUACGACUCGCUCCGGCAGAUCUCCACAUCCAUGUCGGCACCCUCCUCAUCGGCCACACGGGCCUGGCCCUCGUCCGGCGGAGUCCACACUGACGAACCUGCACACACGCAUGUAAUGGAGGGUGGUGGGGGUGGUGGGUCGUGUGGCUUAAGCUUACUGAAUGGGCGUUCGUCUCUCAGCAGCUGUGUGUAGGUGCGUCCCUCCGGGUCUUCCGACUCCCCGGGCAGCGCCGACAGCAUCAGCGACGUCAGGCUCUCCACCGCACCGACACCUGCACCGGUCCCCUCAGCCUCCCCCUCUCCCUCCCUCUUGGCAUCCUCUUUGCCCUUCUCCUUUUCCUUCUCGUUGAGCUCUUUGCCGCCUUCUGGUGGUGUGGGUGGUGGUGCGCCCAGGGUCUGCUCCAUGAGCGUCUUGAACGGUCUGGCUGGCGGGGUCUCGGUGUCCUCUUCUUGCUGCUCCGGUUGUUGGUGCUGGUCCGCUCGCCCGGCGGGCUCGGCGUGAGGUGGGAUGGGUGCCCUGGGAGGCACCUGUGGGGCGCUCCACGACUCCUCUGACAGCUCUUCUUGAAGGCGCCCUGCCGCCGCUGCUGCUGGUGCUGGUGCUGGUGGUGGUGCUGCGGUGAGGUUAAACGUGUCGCCCUCUCCCUCUUCCUCUCCCUCUGCCCAUGCCUCCUCCUCUCCCUGAUGGUAUUGCCUGCGGUGGAUGGGCGACGACUGCUCGCUGCUGUUGUUGCUGCGGCCCAUGUACUGGGCUAUCACGUCAGACGGCGCCGAGAACGACUGCGCCUUGUCCUGCUCGCUCACGCGGCCAUCAUCCCCAUCCCCAUCCCCAUCCCCAUCCCCACCGGCACCUGCCUCGGCCUCUGCAUCCUCCUCCUCGCCCUCCUCCGGGAUGGGCCCCUGGGCAAUCGGCUGGAAGCCCGUCAGGUUGGGGUGCACAAUCGCCAGCGGCUGGCUGAGGUUGGGUGUCGGCGACCGCUCAGGCUCCCACACACCGCUGUGGGGGGUCGGCGUCGUCACAGAAGCAGCCGGCCGCGUCGAGGGCGUCUCGCGUGCCCCACGCUCCAUCGACUUGUCCGACGCCCCGCCGUGUACGCGGCCCUCACUGAGGGUGUCCGAGUGCACCGAUGAGUCGGUAAAGUCGCUGGGGUGCCUCUCAAGUGCGGGUCCAGUGGCCUCGAGCAGCUGGAAUGAGGGCCCCAGGAAGAACUUGAGCCUGAUUGCGGUGAGAGUGAGCCCGGUGCCGACGAUGCCGCCCCCAAGGAUGCCGAGUUGUGAGUGGAUGAGGCAGAGGGCGGCUGCGGGGACGGUGGUGGCGAGGGAUGCGAAGAGGAUGAAGGGGGUCGACUGGCGCAGCGCCUUGAGACCGCCGCACUGACACGCCACCAGAAUGGGAACCACCUGGUGUCGUGACACACACACAUGACGCAACAAGGGCACACGAAACACAUCAUGACGCACACACGAAUGAAUGGCAAAGCGCAUCCGUGUGUCCCCAAAGAUGCAAACAGCAUACAUACCGCCGAGCAGAGUGCCAUGACGGCCAUGGUCUUGACGGCGGUCUCGAUCAUGACUUCCUCCAUGCCCUCAUCGAAGGGCACCAGCAGGCCCUCCAUGGAGCUCCCGUCCGUGGCCUCAGUGGGCACGAACUGCAGACCGAACCAAAUGGGCAGCCCGCUUGUGCCGCCCAUCAGCGCCAGAGGCGCCAGGGCUGCGCCCGCAGUGAGGGCGGCCGACGGGGGCCACCCGAGGGCGUUCAGCAGCAGAGAGGCGAAGACGCCACCGCUGCCAAGACUGAGAGGAGGGGAGAGGACAGCCGAACGAACAGGUAGGCAGGUAGCCUGUGCGUGUGUUGUUGUGUGAUUGUUUACCCGAUGAGUCCCUCCACGAUGAAGCUGAGUCCCACGGUGAUGGCCAUCAUCUCUGCCGCGGGGUGGCGCCCACACGCCUCCCGCAACACGCUGCACACACCACCCCUGAACACACACACACACAGCGCCACAGCAAAGGCGGUCACACACAGGAACGGGAGCGUCACGGGGGGUGUCAACUCCCACUGCCUGCCCCUUGGUCGCUCACAUGAGCCUUGACGUGAGCAUGACUCUGAAGAAGACGAUCCCGGCGAACACGGCUGACAAUGGGAUGAGGGCGUUGAGCAGCCCCACGACGAGCGCCGCGUUGACCUGGUCGGACCUGCUGUUGACGAAGAACAUCCGGGCGAUGUAGAGGAGCAGCGCCGAGAGGAACAGACAGACUGCCGAGCCGAACCGCGCCCUCUUGGGCAGCAGGGAGAUGCCGACCAGGAAGAUCAGAGGGAUGGACAGCACGCCCGCCUCUGCCUCCUCGCCGAUGUCCAUCGCUGUGCGGACCGCCGGAUCUUCCUCUUCUUCCGGGAGG